AUGCCAAAGUCUCCCCGCCGCCGCGGCCAAUCUCGAUUCUCACAGGCCGCGAUUGCUUCAUCAGGAAAUAUACGGCAACAAUUAUUUCUCUACGUGUCUGUGCCCCGCGAGCUCCGCCAGAACAUGUGCAGCGGCGUGCCUGAAACGACGGCGGUGCUGGCGGCGAAUGUGACCAGCUGCUCCUGGUCGGCGGCGUUGCUCGCCUCCCGACUAGCAGUCGUCCAAGCGGCCCGCUCCGGCCUGCGCCGUCCGGAAUCCUCGGAACCCGUCUCCGAUGUUGUUCCGCCGGUCCUCUUAUGGCAAUUCUCCCGUCUCUCCCGGCCGUUCCGAUGUACAGUCAGUGCCAAGCCUGUCCACGUGCUCGAAGCCGCGUUCAGCUCCAGACUACGCUGGUACUCGCAGCGCAAUUCCCUCAACCGUCCUUCUCCACCCUCUCUGCCCCGUGCAGCCCAGCGCGAGUUCGAAGAGCUCGUUAGAACUGCCCAAGCGCCGCUGCAGCAGCCGGCGGCAUCUGCUGAGGCAGAGCUGACAAUGCACCCAGACGCGCGGGAGCCACUCCUGCCUCAGUUUGUAGGCGAGACAAAUCCCGCUACGGGCGAGCGGGGCGGGCCGAAGCGAGAGCCCGUCGGCAAAUGGGUUGACAGCGAAGGCGACUGGAGCUUCAAAGGGAGAGUAUCAGACUUUUAG